GUAAUCCCUAUAGGCAUGAAGCUGUCAGUAUUCCCUCUGACUCCCAGAAGAAGGCUUUGCACUGGCCGGGACAGCACGCAUACUUCCAAGUACGUAAGCUAGAACAUAACUUCUCUGCAAGAACAACCAAUAUGCUACGAAGCACUGAAAGGGCUCUGGGGAUCACAACAUACAGUCAAGAGUUCACAGGGAGAGGUCCUAUGAAUCCCCUUAUCCUGGAUGACUAUUACAUGAAAGCAGUUGGCAAAUUAACUGGAGUACUAGGUGAAGACAUGGAACUCAAAGAAACAUUUCUGCCUAGUCUCUCACAAUCGAGACCUCUUGAAGGGCACACUGCACGUUUACUUCAAGGUCAAUAUCCCUGUGAAUCAAUUCUACAAGGACAGUGCUCCUCCAGUACUCAGAUGCCUCUGACUCUAUGCAGAGUUCCUACUGUCACAGCCAGCUACUCAGACCCAAUGCUGAGUAAAACAAGAACAAUGGCUAGUCUAGGUUGGCAGUGUAAAGUGACAGAAAGCACAGACCAGAAAUGGGAUGUGAGGCAACAGCAGGCCACUGUAUCUCCACCCUGCUACCAGAAAGUUCAUUAUUUGGAUACAAAGCUGCCAAGAAACAAAUUUCAGAAAAUCACUGACACAUUGCAAGCAGAAGCACUGUACAGGAGGCAGCUUUCAGGAAGGCCUGAAGUUGAAUCUUUUCCAAAACCUGCAUGCUCCCUUUCCUAUGAAGACUUUCAACUCAGACAUUUGGAUCAACAAACAGUAUGGGAAUACCCAGUUAGUCUAAGUAAGCUGGGCUUACCACUGGAUGAAAAGAGUGAGGAAAAUAGAAUUUUGUUGCACAAGCUUUGGCAUCAAGAAGCACGCCAGUCUGCAUGAAGACCAGAGGACAGGCCAAGAGUGCCAGCACUGCCUGAAUUGAUCCCUUGCUGUGAGGUUCCUCAGCGCCGGACAUCACUGCUGGAGCUGGAGCAUUCCUUCUCAAAGACAGCAGCACAAAAACGUUUUCAUGAUUCCAUAAGAGGAGAGACAAAAGACCUCAGAGAUAACAUUACUGAGGGAAAGAGACACAAAUUCUAUGGUUUCAGUGCUUUUUAUUUCUUUAACUGA